AUGACUGCCAUGCAGGUCGUUUUACUUCCCUUUAUCUCAGAGGAUGCGCACAUCCGUUAUACCACCGUGCCAUCGCCGUUGAUAUCCAUCAUCGAUUGCAUCAAGGCUCUGACCGGGAAGAACAAUAACGAUGCAGCUCAAGACUUCAGGCGCAUCUGCUCCCGCAUCCCUGAGUUCGAGGGCAAAUACAGCUACUACAAGUUCCCGGGCCAAGGACAGCGCGAAACACCCGUGGCGGACCUGAAGACGGUCCUAAUGAUCAUGCAACACGUGCCAGGCCCGAUGGCGCAGCAGUACCGCGAGUGUACAGCCAAGAUGCUGUGCGAGUACAUCGCCAAAGACAAGAGCAACCUGCUCAACGGCCUUGCGAGUGAGGAGCGUGUACCCGUGGGCAAUGCACAGCAGGAGCCCGUGGUGAGCAGCCCGUACUCGGACAUGGUCGCACCCCCAACGGAUGAAUACCAACAAGCCAUUAUCCAGACGAACAUAGAGGUCUGCAAGCGCAACAUCCAGGAGAUGGGUGACCAUGUGUUGGGGCUGCAGAAACAGAGGCUCACUAUGAAUUUUAAGGAUUUCAGGAGUGUUGAUAAGGAAAAGGCUGCCGCCGAGAAGGAGAGGCACUCCGCUGAGAAGGAGAAGUACUCCGCCGAAAAGGAGAAUUACACCAUCGAAAAACUGCAGAAGAUAAGGGAACAGACACGGAUCAAGAUCGAGAAUCGAAAGGAUGAAAUUGAACUACUCAAGCUCGACAAGGAGUACCACGAGCUGCGAAGACAGACCGAGGAUGAGAAUAAGUCUGAAGCUUUGAACGGCGCGAACACCCAGGGCAAGCAGGUUAAGCGUGGCCGUCCCAUGGUUCCAACAGUCCCAGUCGUUCCGGUGGCUCCAGUAGGGGUGAUGCUGUCCGAGGAUGCAGUGAAUCGCCUGCGGGGAAAGCCUCCCCAGGUCGUCGGGGUCCCUGUCUCUGCCCCGGAUAGCGUGUAA